CAAAGUGCUAUGAGAGUCCAAAAGAGGGACUCAUUCUGCCAAGAGGAGGGAUUUACAAAGAAGAUAUUUGACCUGGGUUUUUUCUAGGCUGAGAGGACAAAUCUAGCCUUUUAAUCAUGUCCAAAACUGUACUCGGCAUCCUCAUCCCCAAGUUACCCCUUACGCCCGUCUUUUGGUUAGUAUCACCAUUCUUCCUUCCCGCAGGUCUGAAGCCUUUUAGUUUCCCUCCCAAGCAUUCCCUAUAUUGGAUCAGUCUCUAAAUAUUAGGAAUUGUUUUCUCUCUCUUCUGUUCUCAGUGUCACCACUGAGUGUUACCUUCUCAGCUGAUGGGCUGUGAUAACUUCCUUGCAGUUGUCCCUCCCUCCAGCUGCUUCCCACUCAGAUCUAUCCCCAUGCUCUCGCCUUGCCAUGUUCACCUUCUGGCAUGGACCUCUGAGCCUCUUCCUUCUUACUUGCCAUACUCCUUAGCCUCACAUUAAUUUCAGUGACCUCUGCAGCCUGUGAUCUCACUUGCGCACGGUGAAUACCUAUCUUCAACUUGUAAAGUGGACCACUUUCCCUUCCCUGCACAUGCCUCGUUUGUCCUUUGUAGUUCCCUUACCUGCAUUCUUAGUGGAGUGGGCUAUUCUUUCAAACAGAAAACUUCACAGAACAAUAGGGCAAAACUUGUGUACGUCCUCAUAGAUUCAAGAAAGGAACAAUCUUUAACUGAGCAACUACUGUGUAUCAAGCACAAUGCCAGGCCUUGGGCUACACAACUGAAUAAGGUUCAACUUCACCUUCACCUUCAGCUGCUUCCUCCCCAUCUCCUCUCUGUCAUGUCUGUUAUUCCUUCCAAACCUUGUUUGAUUUCCCCUUAUCAAGGGAUGAUCUUUUCUUCUCUCCCUCCCUCCUCUCCCAUAGAACAUGUGUAUUGUAUCUUUUAUUGCAUGUGUCUCCUGUAUGGUGUCCUGUGCUCUCCUGCCUAGAUAGCUCCUCAAGGGCAAUGGUCACUGUGGCGCCACAUCCAGCUUCCUGCCAUCUGACCACUGGCACUCAUAUCUGUUGAAUUGUUGAAGGGAGUUAUAGCUAGAAGUCUUUUUUCUCCCUUCCCAUCUCAAGUUUCAGAUGUAGACGCUGAGCUGCCAGGAACAUUAGUCACUGUCAAGCCUUCACCGUUUUUAACCUCCCUCCCACUCUCCCUACUGUGCUUUUAAGACAGUAGCUCAUAAUUGAUCACUCAUUUUCUUGUAGUGUAAUUAUCUAACAGGCGAUAAAGAAAUUGUUCUCCUACAACUCCUCACUUUGAAUACUUGCGAUAUGACAUUCAAGCUCAGUCUUUUUAAAACCUCGCAUCUUCUGUAUCAUAUUUCUGCUUUUGGCAUUUUUUUUUUUUUUGGAUUACAUGUGAGAAAUGGAGAAGAAAAACCUGAGUGGGGAUCUCGAGUCUUGCAGACAGAUGAUAAAAAACCAAACGGGAGAAAAGUUGUGGGUGAUGUGGCAUACGACGAGGCCAAAGAGAGGGCGAGCUUCAUCACUCCUGUUCCUGGCGGCGUAGGGCCCAUGACAGUUGCAAUGCUCAUGCAGAGCACAGUAGAGAGUGCCAAGCGUUUCCUGGAGAAAUUUAAGCCAGGAAAGUGGAUGAUUCAGUAUAACAACCUUAACCUCAAGACACCUGUUCCAAGUGACAUUGAUAUAUCACGAUCUUGUAAACCAAAGCCCAUUGGUAAGCUGGCUCGAGAAAUUGGUCUGCUGUCUGAAGAGGUAGAAUUAUAUGGUGAAACAAAGGCCAAAGUUCUGCUGUCAGCACUAGAACGCCUGAAGCACCGGCCUGAUGGGAAAUACGUGGUGGUCACUGGAAUAACUCCAACACCCCUGGGAGAAGGGAAAAGCACAACUACAGUCGGGCUAGUGCAAGCCCUUGGUGCCCAUCUCUACCAGAAUGUCUUUGCGUGUGUGCGACAGCCUUCUCAGGGCCCCACCUUUGGAAUAAAAGGUGGCGCUGCAGGAGGCGGCUACUCCCAGGUCAUUCCUAUGGAAGAGUUUAAUCUCCACCUCACAGGUGACAUCCAUGCCAUCACUGCAGCUAAUAACCUUGUUGCUGCGGCCAUUGAUGCGCGGAUAUUUCAUGAACUGACCCAGACAGACAAGGCUCUCUUUAAUCGUUUGGUGCCAUCAGUAAAUGGAGUGAGAAAGUUCUCUGACAUCCAAAUCCGAAGGUUAAAGAGACUAGGCAUUGAAAAGACUGACCCUACAACACUGACAGAUGAAGAGAUAAACAGAUUUGCAAGAUUGGACAUUGAUCCAGAAACCAUAACUUGGCAAAGAGUGUUGGAUACCAAUGAUAGAUUCCUGAGGAAGAUCACGAUUGGACAGGCUCCAACGGAGAAGGGUCACACACGGAUGGCCCAGUUUGAUAUCUCUGUGGCCAGUGAAAUUAUGGCUGUCCUGGCUCUCACCACUUCUCUAGAAGACAUGAGAGAGAGACUGGGCAAAAUGGUGGUGGCAUCCAGUAAGAAAGGAGAGCCCGUCAGUGCCGAAGAUCUGGGGGUGAGUGGUGCACUGACAGUGCUUAUGAAGGACGCAAUCAAGCCCAAUCUCAUGCAGACACUGGAGGGCACUCCAGUGUUUGUCCAUGCUGGCCCGUUUGCCAACAUCGCACAUGGCAAUUCCUCCAUCAUUGCAGACCGGAUCGCACUCAAGCUUGUUGGCCCAGAAGGGUUUGUAGUGACGGAAGCGGGAUUUGGAGCAGACAUUGGAAUGGAAAAGUUUUUUAACAUCAAAUGCCGGUAUUCCGGCCUCUGCCCUCACGUGGUGGUGCUUGUUGCCACUGUCAGGGCUCUCAAGAUGCACGGGGGCGGCCCCACGGUCACUGCUGGACUGCCUCUUCCCAAGGCUUACAUAGAGGAGAACCUGGAGCUGGUUGAAAAAGGCUUCAGUAACUUGAAGAAACAAAUUGAAAAUGCCAGAAUGUUUGGAAUUCCAGUAGUAGUGGCCGUGAAUGCAUUCAAGACGGAUACAGAGGCUGAGCUGGACCUCAUCAGCCGCCUUUCCAGAGAACAUGGGGCUUUUGAUGCCGUGAAGUGCACUCACUGGGCAGAAGGGGGCAACGGUGCCUUAGCCCUGGCUCAGGCCGUCCAGAGAGCAGCACAAGCACCCAGCAGCUUCCAGCUCCUUUAUGACCUCAAGCUCCCAGUUGAGGAUAAAAUCAGGAUCAUUGCACAGAAGAUCUAUGGAGCAGAUGACAUUGAAUUAUUUCCCGAAGCUCAACACAAAGCUGAAGUCUACACGAAGCAGGGCUUUGGGAAUCUCCCCAUCUGCAUGGCUAAAACACACUUGUCUUUGUCUCACAACCCAGAGCAAAAAGGUGUCCCUACAGGCUUCAUUCUGCCCAUUCGCGACAUCCGCGCCAGCGUUGGGGCUGGUUUUCUGUACCCCUUAGUAGGAACGAUGAGCACAAUGCCUGGACUCCCCACCCGGCCCUGUUUUUAUGAUAUUGAUUUGGACCCUGAAACACAACAGGUGAAUGGAUUAUUCUAAACAGAUCAUCAUCCAUCUUCAAGAAGCUACCUUGAAAGUCUGGCCAGUGUCUAUUCAGGCCCACUGGGAGUUAGGAAGUAUAAGUAAGCCAAGAGAAGUCAGCCCCUGCCCAGAAGAUCUGAAACUAAUAGUAGGAGUUUCCCCAGAAGUCAUUUUCAGCCUUAAUUCUCAUCAUGUAUAAAUUAACAUAAAUCAUGCACGUCUGUUUACUUUAGUGACGCUCCACAGAAUAAAAGGAAAUAAUUUUGCCA